GAGAAAGUCACCUCGACAGGAGCAGCACGUCGAAAAGGUAUGCGACGGACCUCCAUACGACGCCGUUUUAGGACGACGUAAACAUCCUGUCCGGAGUCUAAACCGUUGCCGCCGCAUUAGAAAUCAAAGCUCCAAAUCAGAGAAACACAGGCGAAAAAAAAAAAGAAAAAAGAAAAAACGAGAACGGAGCCAUUGAUUCUAAUGGAGCUUCAACGCAAGGCCAAAAUCGCUUUAGUUGUAGCGUCUUUUGCAGCGCUAACAAUCUACUUUACGGCCAGACGGCGCCGGAAGCAAAGGAGCGUUCGUAGUUCGUGUUAUUUGCGAGAUGAUCAGAAGCCUCAGUACGCAUUUAAACGCGUCCUGGCUGACAAUUCUUAUUCUGCGUUCAAGCAUUUGAAACUCGAUAUGAAUACAGACAAUGAUGUAAACUCUCAUCCCUACGAAUCAGAAAUACUCUCGUUGUUGGAAAAUUCUUCGUCAGAAUUUGAUUUUAUUAGUAGUGAAAGAAACGAUUUUACUUUGAGUGACACUUAUGUUUGGGUUGAGACCGCUUCUCAAUUGGAAGAACUCGUGGAUGUGUUGAAUAAAGAAAUGGUGUUUGCUGUUGAUACCGAGCAGCACAGUCUAAGAUCUUUUCUGGGCUUCACUGCUUUAGUACAGAUUUCUACCGACAAGGAAGAUUAUUUGGUUGACACUAUAGCUCUACAUGACUCAAUGAGUCUUCUACGUCCCGUCUUUGCCAAUAGUCAUAUUUGCAAGGUGUUUCAUGGUGCUGAUAAUGACAUUCUCUGGCUACAAAGGGACUUCCACAUAUAUGUAGUCAAUUUAUUUGACACUGCGAAGACCUGUGAAGUGCUGUCAAAACCUCAGAAGUCACUGGCCUACUUACUUGAAACUUAUUGUGGGGUAGCUACGAACAAAAUGUUGCAGCGAGAAGAUUGGAGACAAAGACCCCUAUCAGAAGAUAUGGUGCGGUAUGCUAGGACAGAUGCCCACUACCUCCUACAUAUUGCAAACUGUUUACUUUCUGAGCUGAAACAGGUUAAUGAAAACUCUUCCACCGAUGGUAAAUUCAAUUUUCUUCUUGAGGCUAGUCGGCGAUCAAACAUGAUUUGUUUGCAACUUUACACAAAAGAGACUGAAGGUUCUCCUGGAGAGUCUGCUGCAUCAUCAAUAUGUUACCGUCAUCUAAACAGUCAAUUAAAUUCCUUUAAAACUCAAUUUCAGGAUCAUGUGAGGAGAUUAUGUGCUUGGCGAGACUUAAUGGCUCGAGUUCAUGAUGAGAGCCUGAGAUAUGUGUUGUCAGAUCAGGCUAUUGCAGCUCUUGCUACUCAAAUGUCAAAAAAUUCGUGGGAGUUAUAUGCAACUAUUGCACAAGCUGAUUUGAAUGUGGAUUUGAGCCCGAGUCUGCUUCUUCCAGGCCCCUCCCCUGUUGUUUGUAGCCAUUUGGAUGAUCUCCACUGUCUUCUCCGUGACAAGUCUGGUGACCCGGAUAGUAUCUUUUUGGGGAUUUUACAAAACUGCAUAGGUUCUAAUGGCAGUUGUCCCCUUUCUAUAUUUAAUUAUGCGCUGUUGGUCAAAUAUAAUCUAAAAAUGAUGACAAUAUCUAAAAAAAAUGAUAGAAGAAACGCAAAGAAAAUGUCUAAAAAAGCUUCUAGAGAGCUUUUUGUGCAGAAGUUCUCCUGCAAAUCUCCAGUUUAUCAUAAUUGUAGGAUUUAUGCAAAUGAUGGGCGCUUGCUUUGCUACUGUGAUCGGCGAAAACUUGAAUGGUAUUUGCGGCGAGAGUUGGCAGAGCUUGUUGAUGAUGAUCCUCCUGCCAUAAAGAUUCUUUUUGAACCUAAAGGCCGUCCCGAAGAUGAGGGCAAUGACUUUUAUAUCCAGAGCAAAAAGAAUAUAUGUGUUGGUUGUGGUGAAGGAAACCACUAUUUACGUUAUCGAAUAAUCCCCUCAUGCUACAGAAUACACUUUCCUGAGCAUUUAAAAAGUCAUCGUUCCCAUGAUAUUGUCUUACUUUGUGUGGAUUGUCAUGAAGUUGCCCAUGCUGCUGCUGAGAAGCACAAGAGAAAUCUUGCUGCAGAAUUUGGAAUUCCACUUUUUGUUCGUAGGGUGGUUGAUACCAAGGAGGCCUUUGAUUUAGUUGAGUCAUCUGACUCGGCCACCAACUUUCAGGAGGAAGGUGUGUCACCUUUAGAAUUAAGAACAGCUGCUAUGGCCCUGUUGCGGCAUGGACCAAGGAUGCCACCAAAACGUCAAGAGGAACUCAUGCAUGUUGUUAUGAGAUACUAUGGGCGGAGGGAGAUAUCUGAAGAAGAUUUGGAAAAGGCUCUGCUUGUUGGCAUGAGCCCUCAUGAGAGAAGACGACUUCAGAAGAAAAAGGGUAUAGCUUUGAAACAUUCAGGACAGCAUAUUUUUCCAGAUGCUGAGCAUCAGAAUGGUGCUUGUAGCAUUGACUCAUCGACUAUGACUAAUUCAUCCAUUGAUGCAGAUGCAGAUGCAGAUGUUAACAAUCACAUGAACUCAGAUAAUGGUACCGUGCCCGAAACAUGUUUGCCUUGUGGAGAGGUCAAAGUUCCUGAGAACGGCUCCGCCAUAACUGCUCAACCUAAAUUCAAUCCUAAAUUGUCACUCUUGGGACAUGGACCACAUGGUAAACAAGUAGUGGAUCAUCUACUUGCAGAAUAUGGCGAGGAUGGCAUCCGACAGUUUUGUCAAAGGUGGAGACAAGUGUUUGUUGCUGCUAUUCAACCUCGUUUCUUACCCGCUGGUUGGGAUGUCAACCACAGUGGUAGAAGGGACUUCGGCGAAUUCAGUGUGUACAAUUCUAUAAAGAAACUUUCUCCUGCUAUUGAGUAGGAAAUUUUAAGCACUGCAAAAUUCUCAUGUUGCAUGUAAUGCCAGCAUCACAUUCUAUGCUAGGAAUUAGCAGAUUGUCUUCCAGUCAUUCCCACAGGUAAAAUCUUUCCAUUUGAAUGGUGCACGUUAUGUUUCUGUUAUUUUUAAAUGUCUCUGCACUGAGGAAGUUGGUUUAUUCAACUUUGUGCAGAUUUUUUGUAUUAAAAGAUUAAGAUGGCGGCAUUGUCCUUGUCCCCAUCUUGUGAGACUUUCAUCUGUCUUUCUUUACUGGCUUCAUGCUUGGCUCUGGAUUUUUUUGACUAAGCAUUCUUGAAUUAUUUAGCAUAGCUUAGCGGAUAUAAUUUGCAAAGGAAGGGAAUUGCAGUAGAGUUUACCUACAA